GACGCGGUACAAAGGGGUCUGUUCCCCCUUUGGUCAAGUGUCCAACUAAGAGAAGUACCCGCUCCUCUUGUUGUCCUGCAAAAACUGAGGAGAAGGAGAAGAGAAAGCGACUCUAUAUAGCAAAUGGAGCAAAGGUCCACUGAUAAGAGUCGGCGUUUAUGGUUCUAGUGCAGUGAUAUUAACGUUCAGACAGCUGAAGACGUGGAGCUGACUGUCACUUUGAGGACAUUCGCAUGAAAAUAAUCAAGUUACAGGUGUUUUGAAUGCUGAUGAGAGAGAAAAUGAGCCACUCUUAUUCAAUGAAGGAUGUUGUCCAGAAGAAUGGCUCGAAUGGAUCUUUUAAGGUGGUGUCAGAGAUGGAGAGGGCCCGUUCAAACCCAGACUACAUAGAGUCGUCGAGCUGUCUGAGCGUCAAAAACGUGUCCUAUUCUGUCAGUGAACGUGUAGGACCUUGGUGGGACCUUUCAUCUUUUCGAAAAAAAUGGACAAGGCAAAUAUUAAACGAAGUGUCAUUUCAUGUGGACAGUGGCCAGAUAAUGGGAAUUCUGGGAAACUCAGGUUCUGGAAAGACCACUCUGUUAGAUGCUAUAGCAGGGCGCAUUGGGAAUUCUGGGAACCUCCAGGGAGAAGUGUUUGUGAAUGGACGAAAGCUGAAAAGAGAGCAGUUUCAAGACUGUUUCUCUUAUGUUCUGCAGAGUGACAAUCUCUUGAGCUACUUGACAGUGGAAGAGACUCUGACAUACACUGCACAGCUUGCUUUGAGAAAACACUCUGCUGAGGCCAUACGCAAGAAGGUAACUGCGGUCAUGGCCGAGUUGAGUUUGGGUCACGUGGCUCACAGCGUGAUUGGAGGCCGCGUUUUUCCAGGCAUUUCUGGUGGAGAGAGAAGGAGGGUCUCCAUUGCAAGCCAACUGCUUCAGGACCCCAAGGUGAUCCUGUUGGAUGAACCAACCACAGGCCUGGACAGCAUGACGGCCAAUCAGAUUGUGAUGCUGCUGGCAGAGCUGGCUAGAAGAGACCGAAUCGUCAUCGUCACCAUCCACCAGCCUCGAUCAGAGCUGUUCAGAAUCUUUAACAGAAUAGCAAUCAUGAGUCAAGGGGAGCUGGUGUUUUGUGGACAGCCUCAAGAGAUGGUGGAUUUCUUCAGCCGCUGUGGAUACGAGUGUCCCGAAUACUGCAACCCCUUCGAUAUUUAUGUGGAUCUGACCUCUGUGGACACACGCUGCAGCGAGAGGGAAGCUGCCACCUACAGGCGCAUGCAUGAUAUCACGUCAGCCUAUCAGAACUCAGAGAUCUACACAAACAUGCAGGAAAAGAUUGAACAAAACUGCCAGAGACCAGACAAACCUAUGAUUCCCUUUAAAAGCAAAGAGUCCCCCAACUGCAUCUCCAAACUUGGUGUCCUCCUGAGACGGACCUUUCGCAAUGUGUCCCGUGACAGGAUGGGCAUUCUCAUGCGCCUCUCCCAGAAUCUCAUCUACGGCCUCUUUAUUGCUUUUUUCCUCAUGAGGCUUGGAAAGGAUGUGACAAAAGGUGCUGUACAGGACAGAAUCGGCCUAAUCUACCAAUCCAUGGGUGCAUCUCCUUAUACUGGCAUGCUGAACGCUGUAGCUCUAUUCCCUGCUUUGCGAGCCAUUUCUGAUCAGGAGAGUAAAGAUGGUUUAUACCAGAAAUGGCAGAUGUUUCUGGCUUACAUCAUCCAUAUCCUACCCUUCAGUAUUAUCAGUGUGUUCAUCUUCUCCUCGUUCCUGUAUUGGACCGUAGGCAUGAACCCAGAUCCUGUGCGCUUUCUGUGUUUUUCAGCCGUGGUCAUGGUGCCUCACAUCAUUGGUGAACUCUUAACACUGGUCUUGUUGGGUGUUGUCCAAGACCCCAAUAUGGUCAACAGUGGAGUCGCUCUCCUCAAUAUAGCAGGAAUCAUGGUGGGCUCUGGAUUUCUGAGAGGUUUUAAACAAAUGCCUGUGGUGUUCCAGUGGUUGAGUUAUCUAACUUUCCAGAAGUAUGGCUGCGAGCUUCUGAUUGUCACUGAGUUCUACGGCCUCAACUUUACCUGCACCCCUUUAGCUGGUUUGCCUGGAGAGUGUCUGGUAGACAGUGGGGAUAUGAUCAUAGAUCAGGGUUAUCCUGGAGCUUUGUCCCGUUACACUGAAGACUUCCUGCUGCUCUAUGCCUUCCUGCCAGCUCUUGUGAUUCUGGGCAUCAUCAGCUUCAAGAUACGAGACCACCUUGUCAGACGCUGAGCCUCCAUGGACAUGCGUGUGUGUGUGUGUGUGUAUGUGUGUGUGUGUGCGUGUGCGCGUGUGUGUGUGUUAUUGUUUCUGUGAACAAAUGUGUACAGAAUGUUAAUUUAAUUAGUAUUUUUUGUAGAUCAAAACAUUGUAGAUUAUAUCCACAAAACAUCACCAUGGAAGUUGAUGCUUUUCCAUGGAUAUUGUUGUGAAUUUCUCUAGUCUGGCUCAUGGCACCAAACUGGUGUGAAAUUCUAAGACGAGCCCAAAAAACCAGGGAGAACUUUCGGUUGUCUUUAAAGCAGUACCCUUUAAUAAGAAGAACUCAGUGUGGCUGUGGCGCCAUCGAAAGAAACUCUCAACUGUACAGCAGGCACUAAGUUUUUAUACAUUUUACAGACAGUGAUUCAUAGAGGUGGAGACAAACCUAAACAAAGCAUGCAAAUGAAGUGUUGUUGUCGGCAGGGUAAAUUGCCUUUCCAGCCCCGAUCUCAUCAGCAAAUAAGUACCUAUUCACUAUACAUUUUAGCAUUAAAACAGUGUGCAAAUGAUGUUCUGGAGACAGAAACCGUCCGACCAGUUGACCGGCUUGAGAAGACAAUAGACUGCGCGGUGCUGUACAACUGAGGAAUUUGCAUUACUUUGAAGACAGUCAGGGCUCAGGAAACCAAGACAUUUUAAGGUCUGUCACACCCUAAAAAUAACUUUUCAGUUAUAUAUAGAUUAUAUAAAUUUAUAUUCCCACAAUAUACAUCAAUUUUCUUCAUAAAGUUUUGUACUAUAAUGUGAUUUUAAA